UCGGCGCCGAACGAGCGGAGCCGAGGAUGGCUGCGCGGGGCCCCUUCCCGCUGCUGGUCGAAGGGUCCUGGGGUCCCGACCCCCCGAAGAACUUGGUCACCAAGUUGCAGAUGUACUUCCAGAGCCCGAAGAGAUCGGGAGGCGGGGAGUGUGAGGUCCGCCAGGAGCCGGGCAGCCCGCCCCGCUUCCUGGUGCUCUUCUCCCCGGAGGACGUUCGGCAGAAAGUUCUGGAGAGAGAGAACCAUGAGUUAGUGUGGCCAGGAAAAGGAACAUUCAAGUUAACUGUCCAGUUGCCCACAGCCCCAAAUGAUGUCUUUGAGGGGAAAGUUCCAACAGAGGAAUCCAAGACCAAAGAACAUGUCAAAGAACCAGAUGUGUCAGAAGAACUGGAAACAAAACUCUCUCUCGAUAGAAGAUCAGAGCAAAUGGAAGAUAUCCCCCAAGAAUGUGAAAAUAUUUCCUCUUUGGUUGCAUUUGAAAAUCUCAAGGCAUAUAUGACAGAUAUAAUGUUAAUCUUGUUAGUGGAGAACCUAAGUGGCCUGUCCAGUGAUGACUUUCAAGUGGAAGUAAUACAAGACUUUGAUGUUGCUGUAGUUACCUUUCAAAAAUAUAUAGAUGUCAUGAAAUUUGUUGAUGACUGCGCCAACCACCAUACAGUGAAAGAGCUCCAGCUUUCUCCAAGACUUCUGGAAGUGACAAAAAAAGUCAGGGUUGAAAACCUGCCACCUGGUGUUGAUGAUGAUGAUUUAAAAAGUUUAUUUGAAAAUCCUCGUAAUGGAGGGGGAAGAGUUGUCAGCGUUGAGUGUUUUCCUGAAGAGAGUUCAGCUCUGAUUGAAUUUUUUGACAGAGGAGUGGUAGACACCAUCAUGACCAAGAAACUUGACCUCAAUAAUAUGCCGCUGUCUGUGUUCCCAUAUUAUACAUCUCUGGGCACAGCCUUGUAUGGAAAGGAGAAGCCUCUAAUCAAGCUUCCAGCCCCAUUCCGAGAAUCCUUGGAUCUUCCCUUAUGGAAGUUCUUGCAGAAAAAGAAUCACCUGAUUGAGGAGAUAAAUGAUGAAGUGAGACGUUGUCACUGUGAGCUAACAUGGUCCCAACUCAGUGGUGAAGUUACCAUCAGACCUGCAGCCACCUUAGUCAACCAAGGAAGACGAAGAAUCAAGACCUGGCAGAAAGAUGCUUCCACAGCAUUCUCUGGCAUCAGGUCUAAAUAUACAGUUACUGUAUUUAAAGUGGAUCCAAUAGUGUGGGACGCCAUAAAAAAUGAUUUAGAAGAUGAUAGGAUUUUGUUGGAGUUUGAUGCAAGUAUGGGGCUUGUAACCUUAGUGGGGAAAUCAGAGGAUGUACAAAACAUUGAGCCACACGUCAAGGAAUUAAUAGAAAGCACCACUGAAAAAAUUAAAAGAGAAGAGCAAAGUCUGAAGGAAAAAGUGGCCAUUUCUCCAGGAAGGUAUUCUCUUCUGUGCCACAGUGGUGUCCAGGAGCGUCUCCGCAUGGAGUGCCCAGAGAUGGAGAUGGCUUAUGAUAAAGCCACUCAAUGCUUGUGCUUGAAAGGACUCAGAGCAGAUGUGUAUAAAGUGAAGUGUGAACUCCAGGAAAUGGUGUACACCAUGGCUGAGAAAAACAUUCAGUUUCCCAAGGAGGUUUUCCAGUUUUUGCAACAGGUAGACUGUGCAGAAUUCUCUGAGUCUCUUUUUAUAGCACAGAAAAUUCUUGCCGUUUAUGAGCUAGAGGGCACAGCUGUUCUCUUAAGCAGCUGUUCUUCUGAAGUUCUGUUAGAAGCUGAAAAGCAGAUGGUCAGUGCCUUACUUUAUAAGCACAUUGAUAUCGAGGACAGGGAAGUUCUUAAUGACAAGAAAUGGAAAGGACUCACUCACAAUUUGCGUAAGAAACAUAAUUCCUCCUCAAAGACGGUAAUAAUCAGUGAGUUAAUUUCAGAAACCACAGCUGAGGUCAUCAUCGCAGGCUGUGUGAGACAAGUCAAUGAAGUCCAUGGCUUGCUUUCUAACUUCGUGGAAAAACACACGAAAAUAGAGAGAUUUAUUGAAGUAAAACUGUCCUUGGUUGUUGAUUAUUUAAGGGCACAAAAGAAGCCAGUCUGGCAAAAGCUAAAGAGGGAAAAUGUGCAGGUAACUUUCAAUCCUGAGAACAAACAAAAAGGCAUUUUACUAACUGGCCCAAAGGCAGAAGUCCUAGAGGGAAUGAACAUGGUCAAGAAUGCCCGGGACUCAGCCUGUGUUAAAAGCAUCCAUAUCCAUAAGCCAGGAGCCAGCAAGGUGUUCCAGGAGAGAGCACGGUACUGUAAAAGUGAGGUCAAACGGUCAUUUGGUUGUUUUAUUGAACUACAGAAGAAUGAGGAAAAGGAGGGAGGCAGCAGUGACGGGCGGAGGUGCUUCUCUCGGACAGACGUGGCCCCUGGGGUCUCGCUGAUCGUGCAGCAGGGCGACUUGACACGGUUUCCUGUUGAAGUGGUGGUGAACGCAGCAAACGAGGACCUCAAACUCAGCGGCGGCCUGGCUGCUGCUCUUUUAAAAGCAGCUGGCCCUGAGCUCCAAGCAGACUGUGACCAGAUAGUGAAGAGAAAGGGCAAGAUCCAAGCUGGCGAUGCCACCAUCUCGAAAGCAGGAAAGCUCCCAUACCACCAUGUGAUCCACGCAGUGGGGCCCCGGUGGAACAGAGAUGAGGCCCAGAGGUGUGUGGGCCAGUUAAAGAGAGCUGUGAAAGAAAGUCUCCGUUUGGCUGAAGACCACAAGUGCCAGUCCAUAGCCAUCCCUGCUGUUAGUUCCGGAAGCUUGGGCUUUCCCUUACUCCAGUGUGUGGAGACCAUUGUUUUGGCUGUCAAGGAACACCUCCGGGAUAACUGGGAUGGACGCGCCUUGAAAGAGAUUUACCUGGUGGAUACAGCUGAGAAGACUGUUGAGGCCUUCGCUGAAGCUGUGAAAGUUACGUUUAAAAACACCCUGCCUGGUACUGCUUCCCUGCCCAGUGUUCCAGCAGCAGUCCAGCCCAGCUUGAGAAAAGAUCAUGGAAACGGACAAGUUCUGUUGUCCCCAGGAGGCCUGAAGAUCCUGCUGGUGAAAGAAGAUGUGCAGAAUGCAACGACUGAUGUUGUUGUCAACUCCAUUCCCUCGGAUCUCGCGCUUAAUAAAGGGCCCCUUUCUCGGGCCCUGUUGGAUAAAGCUGGACCACAACUCCAGGAGGAAUUGAACACAGCCGGACAAGGGAUGACCGUUAGCGUGGGCACGAUUCUCCAAACCAGUGGUUGCAAUCUGCAUUGCCACCGUGUGCUUCAUGUGGUGGCUCCGGACUGGAGUAAUGGCAGCGUGUCUUCACAGGAGAUCAUGAAAGACAUAAUCAGAGAAUGUUUGGAAAUCACCGAGAGCUUGUCCUUGAAAUCAAUUGCAUUUCCAGCAAUAGGAACAGGAAAUUUGGGGUUUCCUAAAACCAUUUUUGCUGAGUUAAUCAUUUCAGAAGUGUUCAAAUUUCAUAGCAAGAAUCAACCGACAACUUUACAAGAAGUCCACUUUCUGCUGCACCCGAAUGAUCUUGGAAAUAUUCAGGCAUUUUCAGAUGAAUUUGCCAGAAUGGCUAAUGGAAAUGUCGUCAGUGACAAAAUUCCCAAGGCUGAAGAUACACAAGGUUUCUAUGGGACUCUUUCCAGCCCUGUUUUAGGAGUGCAUGAAAUGAAGAUUGGUCCCAUCAUCUUCCAGGUGGCCUCUGGAGAUAUCACCAAAGAAGAGGCAGAUGUGAUUGUAAAUUCAACAUCAAACACAUUUAAUCUCAAAGCAGGGGUCUCCAAAGCAAUUUUAGAACAUGCCGGACAAAGUGUGGAAAUGGAAUGUUCUCGCCAAGCUCAGCAGGGCAACCAUGAUUAUAUCAUUACUGAAGGAGGAUCACUGAAGUGCAAGAACAUUAUUCAUGUCGUUGGCGGAAAGGAUGUCAAGACAUCCGUUUCCUGUGUUUUACAAGAGUGUGAAAAGCGGAAUUACUCGUCCAUUUGCCUCCCAGCCAUUGGGACAGGAAAUGCCAAACAAGACCCGGAUAAGGUUGCUGGAGCCAUAAUUGAUGCCAUUGAAGACUUUAUCCAUAAAGGAUCGGUCCAGUCCGUGAAAAAAGUUAAAGUUGUUAUCUUUCUGCCUCAAGUACUGGAGGUGUUUUAUGCCAACAUGAAAAAAAGAGUAAGAUCUCAGGAUUCUGUCCAACAGUCUGUGAUAUCUAAAAUUGCAUCAUAUUUGAGCUUCUUAAAGCAAUCUCCCAAAAAACAGAAACCUUUGGUUUUGGAAAAGAAAACAGAAUCAGCAGUUUUUCAGGUGUGUGGUGAAAAUGUAAAAUGUGUGGACAACGCCCUCUCCUGGAUACGGGAUCUGAUUGAAAAGGAACAGUCUCAUUACACCAGUGAAGAUGAAUGUAUCAAAUACUUUUAUGAAAAGGAAUAUGGGGAAUUGAAUGAACUGCAGAAGAAAUUAUACAUUACCAUUUCCUUGGAUGAUAAAAGACCUUUGAUUGAGGUUUUGGGAAUGAACAGAGAUGUGACACAGGCUAGAGAUGCAAUUGAGGAAAUGAUCAAGAGGGUCAGGGUGCACAAAGAACAGGAAUCCCGGGCAGAUUCUCUCAGUAAAUGUAUAGAAUGGCAAUAUAACGACAAUAACACUUUUCAUCCUUUUAACAAAAUGACCAAUCUGCAAUUGGAGGAUGCAAGGAAAGCAAAGAAAAAGGCAAUUAGUGUCAAAAUUAAUCAUCAGAGCUACACAGUGGAUUUCAACACACACACUGCUACAAAUACAAAUGGACACCAAUUAUCUGUUCGGCGCCUUAUGAAAUCUGAAGCUGAGAUCCCUGCGCACUGGAGUGCUAUGAAGCAGCAGAAGGUCUGUGUGGUUGAGCUGCAGCCUGGUGAUCCAGAAUACAACACUGUGGCAAGCAAGUUUAAUCAGACCUGCUCCAACUUCACCAUAGAGAAGAUUGAGAGGAUCCAGAAUCCAGAUCUCUGGAAUAGCUACCAGACAAUGAAAACUACCAUGGACGCCAAGAAUGGCCAUGUCACAAAUGAGAAGCAGCUCUUCCAUGGGACAGAUGCUGACUCACUGCCACAUGUAAACCAAAAUGGCUUUAAUCGCAAUUAUGCUGGAAAGAAUGCUGCGGCAUUUGGAAAGGGAACCUAUUUUGCUGUCAAUGCCAGUUAUUCAGCCCAUAAUACUUACUCCAGACCAGACAGAAAUGGGAAAAAGCAUAUGUAUUAUGUGCGAGUACUUACUGGAGUCUACACACAUGGACAUCAGGGAUUACUUGUGCCUCCUCCAAAGAACCCUCAAAAUCCCACUGACCUGUAUGACACUGUCACAGAUCAUGUGCAAAAUCCAAGUUUAUUUGUGGUAUUUUAUGACUACCACGCUUACCCAGAGUACCUCAUUACUUUUAGACAAUAACAUUUUGGUAUCCUUCAUAGAAGACAUUAUUCAUCUAUACAUAUCUAGUUGUAAAACAAGUUUUAGAUUUUUUUUCUCUUAACAGCUUUUUCUAAGAUCCAAGGAUCCUUGGCACUGAAAUCGAACUUUCUUCAGCUUCUAUUUCGUAACUGGAAAGAACCUAUCUUGAGAGCAAUAAAUUUGAGAAUUUAAAUCAAAUAACUUAGUUACAACUGUGUGUCCACAACUGUAGACGUCACAUUGUUGAAGAACAGCCUUGUAUUUGCAGAAAGGAGAGAAUAGCAUUCAUCUUAAAAGCAGAGAGCACAGCCAUGCAAUUUCAGCUGCUGCUGAACGAGACAGCUGGCAUCACACCAGGACACCAUAUUGCUGUGGGGAGCACAGUAUGACUAAGAGGGCGGGACUGCUAUCUUCCCCGGGGCGGGGGGGGGCAGGGAUAGUGUCUUACUCAUUUCCUUAUCCCUGGACCCAGGUCCGUGCCUGAUGUACAAUGGGUGCUCCAUAAAUGUUUCAUAAACCAAUUAAGAAUGAAAAAGCCUAGUCAGACUCCUACCCAAAGUAGUAACCAUCUCUUCAACACCCUUGACUUAUUGUCGCUGGGCCUCAAAUUGGACAGAUUCCAUGACAGGGAACUUCGGUUUCACAAACCAGCCCAUGACACGUGGGACAGCUGCAGUCCGGGCUCUGGGAUUGCAGUGCAGCUGCACCGGCCCAGUCCCGCGGCUGUGGUCUAGUUCGUGGUCCAGGUGAACUGUGCCCCAUGGAGUGGUGCAGUGCAGCAUCCUGGCUCCACUGGUCCUUUUUAUGUUGAACCCAAACCUGCCUUCUUUUAACUUCUGAUCAUUGAUCUUCCUUUUGCCCAGUGAAAACAGUGGGAUAAUGCCUGCUGCAUCCUCAGCGUGAAACCCUUCUACUGUGUUGAGAUUAAAUGAAUUCUAAGGUUUUUAAAUAGCACAUUUUCCUUGACAGCCUAGCUUUUAAUGAUUUAAAGCCUUGUGCAUAAAUAAACCAAAGGAAUUAAGCGUACUGCUAAUUUGCUGACUCAGUAUCUAUUGGAUGGUAAAGAAAGUUUUUUUUUAACUCCUCCAGGUGAAUUUCAGGUUCAAACACUGUUUAUUGAGCAUCUAGAUUGUACCAGGUAGUAUAAUAGAUACUUUCACACACAGUAUUUAUUUUAUUCCUCCAAUAAUCCUGUGAGGUAAGAGUAAUAUCCCCAUUUCAAAGCUGAGGACACUGAUGCUCAGAGUGCAAGAAACUUCCUUGCCUGAGGUCACCUAGGUAACAGCCGCAGAACCAGGAACUGAAUCUUAGUCUCUGUGUCAUCAAGCCCUUUGAUCUUCCCACUACAGAACAUGGCCUCUAGAUUAAUGUUACUGAUUCAGGAAUUUCUCAGACAAGCUGUGAAUCCCUCAUAUUCCCUUGGCUUUUUCCUUCUGGCUUUGGUUUCUAUUGUAGAGUCUCUUCAUUGGAAGCCCUGUAGGCCAAGCGUCAUGAGCUGAUGCCCAUGUGCAGACAGUGCCCUUGGAUGCCAAGAGUUGCUAAGAGGAUAAAGGCGCUCCCCUGGCUGCCGGAACACCUGCUCUUCACAUAGAGGAGGCUGAAAGGGCCACAGAUGCUGUUUCAUUAACAUGGAUGUCUUGAAAUUUUUCCUGUUGGUGCUGUUUGUUUUUUAAAGGGAUUGACAAAGACUCCUUAUCACUCGUGAGUGCCUUCCCAGCCACUGCCAUCUCAACUCAGGCUUGACAAUGAAUGUAAGAAGUAAAAAGGAGAGACUGCUCUCUAAUUUGCUCUUGUUCUCCAGUGGUUUGGUGAACUCAGGGCAAGGCUGAAUAUCAGGGUGUAUUGCACCAAAGUGGAAUGAUCCAGUCAGUAAAUGUGACAGUUAUCUUCAAUCUAAAGGAAUAUGUCAUUUACUCCUUUUUGAAUAAAAUACUUGGAAAAUGUCA